AUGCUUGCCGUAGACCAGAAAUGUCGUCCCUUUUUGGAAGAAUUCCGCAUCCUCACCCAGCAGCAGAAUGCGGUUGAGCAGGACCUUGGAGGAGACGAGCUCGCCGCAAGGAUUCAUCACGUUUUAGAUUUGGACGAAAAUGCUAAUUUAACAAACAAUGAGGAUGACCAGCAGCAUGUAAUUGCGUUGCUGGAGAGGGUGUAUGCGGCAGUGAUGUAUUCAAAGUCUACGUUUGAGGAGAUAAUGGGUCCACAUGCAGAACUCAGGUAG